GGGAAGGGUCGGAUGCCGGUCCGGGGGCACCGCUGAGGCGCGGGGCCCCGACCUCGGAGACAGCUCCGGACGCCCCCGGCGCGCCCAGUCCCCUCCGGACGCGACGCCGCGGGCCGGUGGAGGCGCGUCUCCGGCACGCCCCGGCCCGCAAAACCGGCUGCGGCGGCUGCCCCCGGUGCAUCCCGCGGGCCGGAGGCCCUCCCCCCACGGCUUCAGGUGGGGCACACCGUCCAGACACCGGCGCCCGGGGACAGUUUCCUGUUUGUGAAACGGCCGGGAGGCCCGGGCUGGCCGGUCUGACCCGGCGCAGGCCGGCGGAUGUGCGCACGGCCCCUCCCCCUGCCACACCUCCCUGGCGGUGGGAGAGGGUUGCGCCGGGGUUCUGGAGGACGUGACGGAUCCCCUCGCCCGCUCCUCGCCGGGGAGCGCUGGGGCGCCCUCGCUGGAGAUGAAGGAUUUGGGGGCAGAGUACUUGGCAGGUCGUGAAGGGGUCCAGCUCUUCGGAUUGUUGAGCCUAUACCUCGAACAGGAACAGAGAUUCCAACCUCGAGAAAAAGGGCUGAGCUUGAUCGAGGCUACCCCGGAGAAUGAUAACACUUUGUGUCCAAGAUUGAGAAAUGCCAAAGUAGAAGAUUUAAGAAGUUUAACCAACUUUUUUGGAUCUUGCACUGAAACUUUUGUUCUGGCUGUCAAUAUUUUGGACAGAUUUUUGGCUCUUAUGAAGGUGAAACCUAAACAUUUGUCCUGCAUUGGAGUCUGUUGUUUUUUGCUGGCUGCUAGAAUAGUUGAAGAAGAAUGCAAUAUUCCAUCCACUCAUGAUGUAAUCCGGAUUAGUCAAUGUAAAUGUACAGCUUCUGACAUAAAAAGAAUGGAAAAAAUCAUUUCAGAAAAAUUGCACUAUGAAUUGGAAGCUACUACUGCCUUAAACUUUUUGCACUUAUACCAUACUAUUGUACUUUGUCAUACUUCAGAAAGGAAAGAAAUACUGAGCCUUGAUAAACUAGAAGCUCAGCUGAAAGCUUGCAACUGCCGACUUACCUUUUCAAAAGCAAGACCAUCUAUAUUAGCUUUGUGCCUUCUCAAUUUGGAAGUAGAAACUUUGAAGUCUCUUGAAUUAUUGGAAAUUCUCCUGCUUGUUAAAAAACAUUCCAAGGUUAACGACGCUGAGUUCAUUUACUGGAGGGAGUUAGUUUCUAAAUGCCUAGCCGAAUAUUCUUCUCCUGAAUGUUGCAAACCAGAUCUUAAGAAGUUAGUUUGGAUUGUUUCAAGGCGCACAGCCCAGAACCUCCACAACAGCUACUAUAGUGUUCCUGAGCUGCCAACAAUACCAGAAGGGACUUGUUUUGAUGAAAGUGAAAGUGAGGACUCUUGUGAAGACAUGAGUUGUGGAGAAGAGAGUCUCGGCAGCUCUCCCCUCAGUGACCAGGAGAGCACUUUCUUUUUCAACUUCAAAGUGGCACAGACACUGUGCUUUCCAUCUUAGAAAUCUCAUUGUUCUGUGUGAGAAUUUAAACUGUGUACAGGUUUCAAAGCAAUAAAUGGAGGAGUGGGUAGUUGUCUGGUCCAGCCCCCAGCUAGGCCGGAAUUGCAUAGACUGGAAUUACCUACCUUCUAUUUAUUAUUCAGAUCAGAUCUGGCCUAUUUUCAUGUUUAAUUCUAAGCCAUCAAAUGGGUUAGUGCCUCUUAAACAAUUAACAAUACUUCAGACAUCGGCACUUUAUUUUUCUUGUUGCUCUUUAGCUACUUGGGGGAGGAGGGAAGGUGCUGAUACCUUGAAUUCAUUACUUUUCAAGAAGAUUUUUAAAGAGGAAUAGUGUAGCUUAUCUUAAACUUUUAUAAAGCCUUCAGGUGUCUAUUUAAACAGAUUGGGAGUGUGCAAGUGCUUCCUUAGCAGGGACAAUGGAUAACCCUUUAAUGGUUUAUCUUAGAUCUCCCCCUUCCCCCCAUUCUCAGAACAGAGAAUAUACUCUUAAAUGUCAAACACGCUUUUUGUUGUUUAUUUUUAAAAUGAUCAAUGCAUUUUCUGCUAGUUUUGCAUGUCCUUGUCUGAAAGCAGUGCAGGAAGUUGAACAGAACUAGGUAGCUAUGGAAUUGGUUGAUAAAUGUUGAUCUAGUAGCACAUUUUAGCUCAUUUUCUUAUAUUAAAAAAAGUCUGCAUGACUGUGUUUUAUUUCCUUUGUAAUUCACAUUUCAAAAAUAAUGUUAUUAGUAUAUGAGUGCCAAGAUUGAAUAUGGA